AUGAUUUUUAUUAAACGAAGUAAUUUAAAUAAAUUAAAAAUAAUAUAUAAUAAAAAUAAACGUUCAUAUUCUAAAUUACCCAACGUAUUAUCCAACUUAUUACCAACAAGAACAAUAAACAAUAUAAUAACAUCGUCUCCAGUAGGUGCGGAAAUACAAGUAAACGGAUGGAUACGUACUGUAAGAAUACAAAAAAAUGUUUCUUUCGCUUCUAUUAAUGAUGGUACAAGCGUGAAAGGUUUACAAGCUAUACUUUCAAAUGAAGUUGCUAAAAAACUGACAACUGGUACUUGUGUUCGAUUACAUGGUAUAUUAGUUGAUAGUAUUGGAAAAGAACAAACUAAAGAAUUACAAGUUAAUAAAGUUGAAAUUUUAGGUGAAUGUGAUCCUACUUAUCCCCUGCAAAAAAAACAUCAUUCGAUGGAAUUUCUUCGUGAUAUAACUCAUUUACGGUUUAGAUCAAAUAUUUUUAGCUCUAUGUUACGUAUAAGAAAUUCUACUAUGCUAGGUCUCCAACGUUUUUUUCAGAGAAAUGAAUUUAUACAAAUACAUACACCAAUUAUAACAACAUCAGAUUGUGAGGGUGGUGGUGAAGUAUUCAAGCUUACAACAUCAAAUAUUACAUCAAAACAAGAAUUUUUUGGUAAACCAGUUUAUUUAACAGUGUCUGGUCAAUUACAUGCAGAAUCAAUUUCAUCGUACAUCCCUCGUGUAUAUUCAAUCGGUCCAAUUUUCAGGGCCGAAAAUUCAUUUACUUCAAAACAUUUAUCAGAAUUCUGGAUGUUAGAGAGCGAAAUUUCUUUUAUCACUUCUUUGAAUGAUUUAUACAAUUUUGUUGAAAAUUCGAUUAAGUAUAUUAUCCAAUUUUUAUUGGAUAAUUCUUAUCAAGAUAUCGAUUAUUUCAAUCAAUUUAUUGAUAAUAAUUUAUUAAAUCGGUUAGAAAAUACUUUAAAAAAUCCUUUUAUUACGAUGUCUUAUAAUGACGCUAUAGAUAUUCUUAAAAAAAAUUCUUUUGAUAUUUCUUUUGGUUCUCCCCUUCAGUCUGAUCAUGAAAAAUUUUUGUCUACUACUUAUUGUAAUUCUCCUUUAUUCGUUAUUAAUUAUCCAAAAGAAAUAAAACCUUUUUAUAUGCGUUUAAAUGAUGACAAUAAAACUGUUGCUUGUACUGAUUUAUUAUUUCCUAAAAUUGGUGAAUUGGUUGGCGGUAGUUUAAGAGAAGAGCGUUAUUCAAUUUUAGAAAAUAAUAUUAUAACCAAGGGUUUAUCUUUGGAGGAUUAUAAAUGGUAUUUAGAUUUAAGAAAAUUUGGGAGUGUCCCUCACGGCGGUUUUGGUAUGGGAAUUGAAAGAUUUUUAUUGUAUAUUACUGGUUUAGAAAAUAUAAAAGAUGUUAUACCUUUUCCUAGAUCCGCUGAAAAUUGUAAAUUUUAA